AUGCUGUUGCAAGAGGUGGUCAUUGACAACGACUCGAACCGGCCGCAGGAACUACAUGAACGGCAUUCCGUCCCGCCCACAAAAAUUUCCAGAUCAGAUGUGGCUUUUCCUUUGGUGACGCCUCGGAAGCGUGCUCCUUCAGUAGCUUCGGUGGUCGACCUUGGGGUGGAGCCCUCACAGCAUGAUGGACAGACGAUAGGUGUGGUAACCAUUCGCGCGGUGGACUCGCCGUGUCUGGACGCCAGAGACUCGUGUCAAGAAACGGAGAUGGGCCUGUCCGGGUCUCAAGAAUGCAGUCUCAAACCUCAGUUGUCGCUGGAUGACCUGCCACUCGAAGUUCAAGGCAAAGUCCUCGACUUUAUCUUCGGGGACAUGCACUCAGUCUAUGCUGGCUCAACGUCGUUGCGGGGCAAGAGUGUCUCGUCCCUGAUGCGACAUCCGCGGCGGAAGGCUGUCUCGGACCUUGCACUGGUUUCACCGACCUGGCGCGAUUUGGUUCAGGAGCGCAUCUAUCGUCAUAUCAAGAUCAAGGGCACUAGGGCCGGACUGAAAGACUCGGAGGUCUUCUUCAGCUCUCACCCUCAUCUGAGGAAGCUUGUUCGGCACAUCGAAUUCUGGGUACCUGUUUGGGGGGACAAGGCCCCUUUCCACGACCUGUCUAUCAACCCUCUCCUCCCCAGGCCGGCGGCAGAGCGCAAUAAUGGCCCUUCGUAUCAGCUUGUGCAGCGAGCAAGUGAAAGAGAUCUGAUCGCAGCCACGGAUGUGCUCAGCUUCAGCUUCACCUUGUGCGCCUAUUCAGCAACACUCUCGGAGAUUUUCUCCCACAUCGACACUUUCUUCCCCUACUCGCGCGUUUUCACACUAGAAGGAGGCCACUGUAAGAAGUCUAACAUGAUACGACACUUUCCCAAAACCCUCUUCCCCAACCCCAACCAGCGUUUGGACAAAUUACCGAAUAUUCGAACCUUCGCCAUGCGCGGUGCCUGGAACAUAAUGCGCAACUAUCAGCACUGGAAGCCAAUCGAGGAUGCUCUGCCGAACGUCGAGGAGUGGCAUUGCGGUUACGCGAAACCCCGUGCUGAAGCGGACGCCACGAUCAACGACAUCCUCACAUACCUCCCUUUGAGACUCCGUCAUGUCAACAUCUCUCUUGACGGAAUGUACAGCAAAGAACCGACAACUUUAGGCUCAAGCUUGAGUGGCCGGCCACCGCAUCUCUGCGAACAGCUGGGACGUGUUCUACCGCAACUCGAAUCGCUCUCGUUCACGGGAAAGAUCUGCGAGUGUAUAUGGACCAGUGCGUGCUCUGCACUCGCCUCUCGAAAAGACAAAACAGAGGAGCCCAAACUCAAACAUUUGGAAAUAGUGGUCAAGUCAUGCUGUCGCCAAAGAGUCACCGGAACCGACCCAAUAACGGGAGAGACAGUCGUUCAAGAGGCGGGUGGGAUCAUCGCUGACGGCGCUGGACUCACAAAUCUCGUCUUUAUCAAGGCUCUUGAACGCCUGGUCUUCAACACGGUCGAAGCGCUGCCUCUGUUCCCGAAUUUGGAGUAUGUGAGAAUCAGAUACAUUGAUCUGGAUUCUCCUUGUACGUUGUUGAACCCGUACUGGCUGAUGGAAAGGGGCAGAGUGUACGGCAUCUGGAACGAGGAGAUCGUGGAGAGGCUGAGCGAACUGAUGCCCGACGUCGGAUACGUGGAGCUGAGCGAAGGAAUCGAGUGUACAGAAGGCUAUUACAAACACAUGUCUUCCAUGUCGGGCUCUUCCAAUCCUCCCUCGACUGGCAUUGGUGACGCAACCUCUUCUCCUUAUGGUGUUCCUUCGCCGGCGGGUGGCUUGGAUAUCGUACCUAGCAUGCUUUGGCCAAAGUGGAAGCCACGGAGCAUCAAGACGAGCAGCUACAAAAUCAUUGCUGAUGUGAGAGGCGGUUGA